UCCACCCCCCUCGCAGUGGGCCGGUCCCCCUUCUUCACCGCCCGCGUUGGUUGAAGCCAAAACAGAACAUCAUGGCGAUUGAUGGUGGCGAUCGUAACUGUGGAGUACAUGAGCUGAUCUGCGUCAGAAAAGUCUCUCCAGAGGUGCUGGGGUUUCUGACGGCCAUCGGACUCUUCAUCAUCCUCAUGACCUUUUUGUUCUGGUACCUCAACAACAAGUUGGCACUAGAGAACACAGGGAACCUUCAGUGCCUUGAUGACUUCAGGAAAAACCCAGAGCUGCAAGAGAAGGUCUACUCUGAUGCCGACCUGCAGGGCUCAUCAUCGGACAGCGAGGAUGAAGUGAUGGGUCAGUAUCAAGAAGCAGUCAGCCGCUCCCAAGGCCUCCGGGGAGGAGUCAAGGCCGCCGCUAAUGUCAAACAUGCAGGAGGUUUCAGCUGGGAGAGUCGGCAGAAGUACAGCCCCCUGACAGCUGAUUAUGACGGCUACAGCAGCGAAGCCUCUGCUGAUGACGCCAACUGCAUCCAGAGGAUGAGACGAACGCCACCACUGGAUGAACUUCAGCCACCGCCCUAUCAAGAUGAGAAUGGCUCUCCUAGGAUGUCCUGCACACUGUCAGACCUCGGUGAUGCCAAAUGUGAUCUUUCCCAUACCAGCGGCAGUCCCCAUCUUUCCUUUGGCAAAUGCCCAAGUGAGGGCAGUGAUGGCCACGAGACAGAGAGUUAUCUCAACAAGGGCUAUGAAGAAGAUGUGCCCAGUGACAGCACCGCUGUCCUCAGCCCCGAGGUAAAUACCAGAACUACCAGGGAAAGAUACAAGGACAUGUCAGCCCAUGGAUCAGCAGCACAGCUCCCUAAAGGUUAUGAACCAGAUCCAAUUGCAAAAUACGGCACUCUGGACGUGGUGUUUGACUAUGACUCCGAGGAGCAACAGCUGGUGAUGACCAUCAUGGCAGUAACGGACCUUCCACCCGUAAAACGCACUGGCAACAUCUCAUGGCAGGUCCACCUGGUACUGCUACCCACCAAAAAGCAGAGAGCGAAAACAGGAAUCCAGAGAGGCCCCUGCCCCAUCUUCACGGAGACCUUCCGCUUUAGCCAUGUGGAAUCAGAGAUGAUCAGCAACUAUGCCAUUCGAUUCCGCCUUUACAGCAUGCGACGGAUGAAGAAGGAGAAGGUGCUCGGGGAAAAGGUGUUCUACCUCACCAAGCUCAACCUUCAGGGCAAAAUGUCUGUGCCGGUCAUAUUAGACCCAUGCUGUGCGCUCCCGGGUGGUGAAUCCCAGGUCAGCCUCUCAGAUAUGACAUGCAGUGAAAGCGCCUCAUCAUUCCAGUCAGUCAGUCAGACUUCCACACCAGAGAUCCUCGUGGGCCUGGUGUACAACGCCACAACAGGACGUCUCUCUGUGGAGAUCAUCAAGGGCAUCCAUUUCAAAAACCUGGCAGCCAACAAGCCACCCAAUACAUAUGUUAAGCUGACCUUACUGAACUCCAUGGGCCACGAAAUGUCCAAGUGUAAGACAUCUAUCUGUCGAGGUCAGCCCAACCCAACCUACAAAGAGACGUUUAUUUUCCAGGUAGCCCUUUUCCAGCUAUCAGACGUCACACUCAUCCUCUCCGUCUACAACAAGCGCAGCAUGAAGCGUAAGGAGAUGAUUGGCUGGAUUUCUCUCGGCCUCAACAGUUCUGGAGAGGAGGAGCUCACCCACUGGACUCAGAUGAAAGAGUCUAAAGGACAGCAGGUUUGCCGCUGGCACAGUCUGUUGGAGUCCUAACAGCGACAGAAAAGGAUGUGAAGAAUAUGCGUGAGGACAACUGCACAGGGCAGUUGUCAUCCCAGUUGGGUAGGAAAUGGAUAAGGCCCGCUGGGAUAGAUGUUCAGGGAACCAGGGUCAGUGGUGAUGAAGGAAAAGACAGGAACAGACAACCACAUAUGUCACUCAGAGAUGCUCAUCUUGACAUAGCAUAAACAUCUUCAUGACAUCGUCUUUAAAACCACUGACAGCCAUUGAUCAGUCACAUCAUUUUUUUCCAUGGAUUGUCUUAAUGUAAUGACCUAAAAGUGUCUGUAGAUAUCACUCUUUAUCUGCUCAACUGGGUGAGCUUGAGCCUCUUCCAAGAAGUAGGUUUACUGAGGUAUCUGGAUGACUUGUUUACAUGACUCUUGAGUAAAUUAUCUGAUCCACCUCCAGCUCAAACAACUGAUGUCAAGAUUAUCAUUAAUCUUACCAAGAAGGUUUCAAAAAGCAACCUUGGCAAGCCCCCAGAAAACACUACACUUCUCAUUUUUUUGCCUUUGUACAACAUGGUUGAAUUAGCUGAAAAGUAUUUAGGGUAGACAGAGAAGAUAGCUUUCUUUUAGAGGACACACAUGGCCAUUUCUCACAUUAGUAAAUCAUUAUUUUGUACUUUCUACAACCAAGACCUUUCCUUUUUAUGGAAAUUACGUGAAAAUUCUUCUUCUUCUGGGUUUUUGUUUUCCUGCUAGCUAGCUAAUUGUAGCAACUAUAUUGCUCUUACAACACAAAGCAAGAGUG